AGGAGCUAGAACAAAAAUUUUUUUAUCAUUAAAUAGGGAAUUGUUUAUACUAUAUACACCACUAUUCAAAACAAAAAAAUUCGCACCUACGAUUUUUUCAGAAAACGCCGCCUAAAUGCCCACUGUGUGUAAGCAAUAUAAUGAAAGUAUGUGACAGCUAAUAAUAGAAAGCUUUUCUCCAUAAUUUUAACAAAAGUUUAAAUGGACAUUUAAUACUAUCGUAAGAAUAAGAGCAAGUUAAGACUUUUAUUUUUGUCGUGUCCCUUAUUAAAAUUUAUUAUUAUUCCUCUAUUUUAAAACAGCAUUAUCAAAUCUAAUUGCACACUUCACUUUCUACUACAGUCAUUUAAAAUUUGCUUUUUUAGUGAAUGCUACUGACAUUCAACAGCACCAGUUCGCACUAGAUAUGGAACCAACGGAAUUAUUUCAAUCCCCACCUAAAACUACUACUACAUUACCUCGUUGUAAUUCAGACUCAUCUUUCACCAUCACUGGAGAUAUAUCAACUUGUUCAGAAAUUGAAUAUUGGUCUCAAGCAUUUCGAUCACUCGGUUUGAUAACAGCGGAACAGGUUCUUAAUGAAAUCAAAGCAAGAGCAUCAAAUCAAACGUUAUGCCCAUAUUAUAGAACCGUACUACGACAAGAUUGCUGUAAAGGAUGGAGUGGCACCAAUUGUACAGAACCUAUUUGUACGAUCAAAUGUGUCAACGGAAAAUGUACAUCACCUGAAAAAUGUGCGUGCAAUAAAGGAUAUGCUGGCGAAGGCUGUCAAUACCGAGCAGGUGAUCCUCGUCUUGUUCAGUGUUAUCGAAAGUCAAAUUGUAGUUCAUCAUCGAAAAUAAGUGAUGUUCUUGUUAGUAUUGAAUAUUGUUGUGCGAAUCAAGGCGGUAUAGCAUCUGCAUCAACACAAGGAUCUUGCACAUUGUGUGCGCUGACUGAAGCAGAAAUCGCCAAUAUCACAAGGACAUCAGCCGAGAAAACGCUACCUUAUGCUACGUGUGUUUUAUGGGGAAGAGAUCAUUUUCGAACAUUUGAUGGUUUAGUCUACGAUUUUCAGGGAACAUGUCAAUAUAAAUUAGCUGGCACGGUGAAUUGGGAAAUUGAUUUACAAAUAGAAAAUUGCGAUCAGUGGGAUACGUGUGUAAAACAGAUAAGUUCAACGUUUGGAGAACAUCGAAUUGUGACAAGAGGACACAAUGUCACAAUAAAUGAUGUUCUAUUGGAGAUAACAAAAGGAUAUACAAGUGGACCUUUAACAAUUGAACGUCGUGGUGAAUAUACAUACCUUAUCUAUUCGGAUGGUGUUCGAAUGAAAUGGGAUAGCGCCAUGGCUGUUUAUGUAACCGUUGAUCAAACAUAUAUGAAACAAGUAACAGGACUCUGUGGAACGUAUACUCGCCUUCAAGAUGAUGAUCUCGAAUUACCAGAUGGAUCGAUUUCGACUCAAGUCACUCAUUUUGCAAAUGAAUGGCGUAGUGAUAGUAGCUGUCAAGCAGUUGCUGUACCAACUAAUCCAUGUAACACCGCUCAAUUGGUUAGUGCAGCUGAAAAUGCCUGUAAACCCAUUCUCGAUCCAUAUGAUUCAUUUAAAGUUUGUUUAUACGCCAUUAAUGAAACAGAUCAUUAUGAGUCGUGCAAAUGGGAUUAUUGUUCGGCAAAAGGAACAAAUGUCAAUGAAUUGUCAAUGCAACAGCAAACAGCAUUGUGUUCAGCAUUUGAAGCCAUGGCACGUGAAUGUGAAGCUCAUUUUAUUCAUGUCAAUUGGAGAAAAUCAGAUCGUUGUCCGAAAGCGUGUUCAAAUGAUAAAGUAUACACCGAAUGUGCUUCAUCUUGUCCGACCACAUGUCAAAAUCACCGGCAAGAUUUUACAAGUUCGGUAGAUUGUUCGCGCGAUUGUUCGCCAGGUUGUGUUUGUCCAUCUAACAAUGUGAUUGACUUCGGAAGAAAUGGAUCGUGCACACCCACUGAUCAGUGUACCUGUUAUUUUCAUGGAGAAUAUUAUUUACCACACGAAAAAAUUCAAAUUGAUUGUAAUGAUUGUAUAUGUGACGGUGGUACUUGGAAUUGCACACGACAUUUAUGUUCGAGAACGUGUUCCGUUUUGGGAAUGAAUCAUAUUCAUACGUUUGAUGGUAAAGCAUACACGGUCAAAGGACAUUGUGAAUACAUAUUAGUAGAAGAGAUGAAAGAUUUAAUUGGUUUAAAGGUUAAACUAACGAAUGCUCAUGAUAUACCUGCUGAUUACAGCAAAGGAUUUUACGUUCAUUUUGAUGGUAUUCGUGUCUAUAUCAAAUUAAGUACACAUUUUCUUAAUAAAACGCGUGGUUUGUGUGGUACAUACGAUUAUAACAGUCAAAAUGAUUUUAUGACUCAUAUAGCCAUUGUUGAAACGGAUAUUCGAACAUUUGUUGAUGAUUACAAAACCGAAACAACAUGUACAACGCCAGUCCAAAAACAUCCUUGUCAACAAAAUGUGGCUAAUGGACAGAAAGCUCAAACUAUAUGUAAUGUAUUGAAGUCGGAUGUAUUUUCUGCAUGUCAUUCUACUGUUAAUUUGGCACGUUUUGUUGAUGCAUGUGAAUACGAUUUAUGCUCGGAUACCAGUUCUAAUCAUCAGAAUCACUUUUUAUGCAGUAUCGGUGCGGCUUAUGCUCGAGAAUGUCGUCUAAAUAAUAUUACACUUGAUUGGCUAUCAAAUGCGGAUAUGAAAACCGCCUGUCAAUCUGCGAAAUAUGGUGAAUGUAUUGGCGGUAGCGCGUAUACCGAUUGUGCUCCUGCCUGUGCAAAUAAAUGCAAGGAUUUGGCGACAAAUCAAACAUGUUAUGAACGAGAAUGUGUUGCGGGUUGUUCCUGUCCGAAUCAACUCUAUUUGGACAAUUCAUCAGACAAAAUGCAGUGUAUAACACAAGAAAAUUGUCCAUGUUUUGAUGUUGAAAGUAAUACAAAUAUUAAAGCUGGUGGUGUCAUUCCAAGAAGUUGUGGAAACUGUUCUUGUUCUAAUGGUUAUUGGAAUUGUGGUGAUCAGAAAUGUGAUCGAACCAUUAAGUGCCCAGCAAAUCAAGUUUAUUCGUCAAACAGUUCAUCUUGUCCAAAAACAUGUGAUAAUAUGAAUAACUGGGUUGAUUGUGGAGUAAUCAACGAUGGUUGCUCAUGCCCAAACGAACAAGUUCUAAGUCAAGAUCUUAAAACAUGUGUGAAAGCCAGUUUGUGUCCAUGCCGUUAUGCUGGUCGCAUUUAUGGUGCCGAUGAGGUGAUCAAACGUGGAUGUAGUUCAUGUAAAUGUUCGGGUGGCACAUGGUCUUGUGAAGAUUUCAAAUGUGAUGCUACAUGUUCCGCACAUGGUGAUCCACAUUAUUCAACAUUUGACGGUUAUCGUUAUAGUUAUCAAGGCAAUUGUAAAUAUGUUUUAACUCAAACAGCUGAUCAUUCAUUUCGUGUUAUAACUGAAAAUGUUCAAUGUGGUACAUCAGGAGUGACAUGCACAAAAAACGUCUUGAUAACGUACAAUAACAUGAAAAUAUCGUUGAUGAGAGGACGCGAUCCAGUUGUCGAUGAUGUUGAAGUCACAGAUUUAUUAGCUGGUAGAAGAGUAUUUCAAUCUGUAACAUUAAUGAAAUCUGGUAUUUUCGUCUGGAUUAAUAGUACCGAUUUUACUAUCAAAUGGGAUGGAGCCACUCGAAUUUACGUUACGAUUCACGAUGCUUACAAAUCAAAAAUGGCUGGUUUAUGUGGUAACUUUAAUGGUGAUUCAUCAGAUGAUUUAAAUACGGCUAAUGGUGUACCAGGAAGUAUUCAUGAAAUGGCCGAAUCAUGGAAAGUUGAACAAGCAUGUGAAACAGUUAAAAAUCCAGUUAUGGACGAUUCUGCACCGUGUGCUGCGCAUGAAGCGAGAAAAGAAUGGGCAGAGAAAGAAUGUCAUAUGAUCGUUGAUACAUCACCAACAAAUCCAUUUUUACCAUGUAUCAAAAAAUUAGAUGAAACCGUUGUUCGAAAACAUUAUACUGAAUGUUUAUAUGAUGCAUGUCAUUGUGAUACUGGUGGCGAUUGUGAAUGUUUGUGUACAUCUCUGUCUGCUUUUGCUGAAAAAUGCCAGUCGAUCAAUGUUCCAGUUAAAUGGCGUAAACAAGACAAAUGUCCAAUGCAAUGUGAAAAUGGUCAAGUAUACAUGUCAUGUGGUCCCAUUGGUCAACCAACAUGUCGUGAUAUAUAUUCGUAUGAUAAUUAUGAUCCUGCUGAAUCUGGUUGUCAAGAAGGAUGCUUUUGUCCCGAUGAUCAAGUGAUGGAUAAACAAGGACAUUGUGUAAAACCGGAGUCAUGUCCAUGUGUUGAAAUGGGCGUUGCUUAUCCGGUUGGUUCAAAAACUAUUCGAAAUUGUGAAGAAUGUGAAUGUAUUAAUGCAACGUUUCAUUGUAAUAAACUGCUGGAUUGUCAACCAAAAUGUACCCAGCAUGAAUUUACAUGUAAUAAAAGUUUAGAAUGUAUACCAAAACAAUGGAUUUGUGAUAAAGUUAAAGAUUGUGCAGAUGAAAGUGACGAAAUGAAUUGUAAAUGUGCACAAGACGAUUUCAUUUGUUCAAAUGGACAAUGUAUGCAAUCAAAAUAUCGUUGUGAUGGUUUGCCGAAUUGUCGUGAUUCAUCUGAUGAACUUAAUUGCAAUUAUACGCAACCGUGUCAAGAUUUUCUAUGUGACAACAAACAUUGCGUACCUAAAUCAUGGGUAUGCGAUGGUCAUAUUGACUGUUCGGUAGAUGGCAGCGAUCAUUCGGAUGAAAAACAUUGCAAUGCAACACCAUGCGAUAUAGACAGUGGUCGGGAAUUUCGUUGUCAUGAUGAUCAAUCAAUUUGUUUACCAAUUGCUCAAAAAUGUGAUGGACAUGUUGAUUGUCUGGAUGAAAGUGAUGAAAAACAUUGCAAUUGCACAUGUGAAAAAGGUAAAUUUAAUUGUGAAACAGUUUGUCAAUGUGUCAAUCCACAACAAGUGUGCGAUGGUCGAAAAGAUUGUGUCGACGGUACAGAUGAAGCAAAAUGUAAGUGUGGUCCUAGAGAAUAUACGUGUAAUGGCGGAUUAUGUAUUAAUUCAACAAAAUUAUGUGAUCGAAUGGAAAAUUGUCCAAAAGGAGACGAUGAAACACAUCCAAGUUGUAAUCGCACGACAACUGUCCACGCAUUUUCGACAACAAUGGGUACCACUAGGUACUUGACCACUACAUUCGGUUUGACAACGGCCUCUACUCCAUUUUGUCAUACAAUGCUGUGUAAAGUUCAAAAUGUUGAACGUUGUAUUCCAUAUAACGAAACAUGUGAUGGUGAACGAUUUUGUGAUGAUGGCAAAGAUGAAAUAGCAGAAUUAUUUCCACAUGAGCCGAGAUGUGAACGAACAACAAGUAUGUCACUAUCGACAACAACACCAGCAGUAUGUACCAAACCAUCAGUUAGUGUUUGUGGAAAAUGUUUAUCAGCAUCAAAAUUGUGCGAUGGCAAAUGUGAUUGUCCAAAAGGAUGCGAUGAUGAAAAGAAUUGCACAAAUUGUACUUUACAUUGUCCUGGUAUCAGAAGUUGUUUAAAACCAGAACAAAUCUGCGAUAAUAAAUGUGAUUGUCCGGCAGAUUGUUCGGAUGAAAAAGAUUGUCUAUCUACACCACCAUGUACCGAAUUUACUUGUGACAUCACAGAAAAUAAUCCAAUAGGAAAAUGUUUGAAUAAAACGCGACUGUGCGAUGGACAUGCAGAUUGUAUUGAUAAAACAGAUGAACCAGAAGGACUUUGCAAAUAUUCAUCAACUUCAACUAAAUCAACAUUAGCAACAACAUCAAAAAGCUUGUCGACUCAAUUAACAACACAUCUACCACCAGUAUGUUUGAAUACUUCAUCCUCGUUUAUUCCAUUUUCAUUAAAUUCUCCAUUAAUUCAAUCUGUUUCUACCCCACAAUUACCUGAACUAACAAAAGGUGUGGUCAUUAGCAAUCAAUCUCCGCUACAAAUUUCAAAAGAAGAAACAAUUGUAACAUCGAUUACGUUUAUAAAGCCAUUUCAAGUGAUGAGUGUCAUUAUAACAAGUUCAAAUAAUCAAAUGAAAAUUAGUGCUUAUACAAACCAAGAAAUUGCACUAUUGAAUGCAACAAUUAGUACAAAUGCAACAAUAACAGAGUAUGUAAUACAAGCGCCAAACGCGGCCACACAACCGUCAAAUCAAUUAAUUGUAAUAAUCCAAACACCAAACUCAACAGCAAUAAUCACACAAUUUCUCAUUAAAGCAUGCACAGAGCUACCUACUACUACAUCGGCAACGCCAUAUACCGGCAGUACAACUACCUAUUCAACAACUAUCAUUAGUACUCAUACAACUCAUCAGUGUAGUGAAGAAUUGGGUCUAAGACUUGGGCUUAUACCCACCGAUUACAUUCAGGUGUCGUCAAACAAAGUAGAAGGUCAGUCACUCGAUUCCGUUCGGCUUGGAAAUUCACAGUUAUGGACAGCAGCAAAAGAUGAUUCGAACCCAUGGAUUCAAAUAUCAUUUCCAUUAGAUAACGCACAAACAAUUAGUGGGUUUGAAAUGACUAGUGAUGAGACUCAAAUCAAUGUUGAGUUUGAUACAUUAACAAAGAGAAAUAUUGUAUACGAAGACAAUCCCAUAUAUCGUUCACCCACAACAUCAUCAGAAAUUUGCAUCAUCCACUUUUAUCAAGCAUUUCCAGAUAUAAUUCGAAUCCGUUUUACAUUUUCUCGUGUUCUAUCGAACACUGUUGUUAUAGCACAAAUAGAACUCCUUGGAUGUGCUCACUUUUCAACUCUGACUACACCAGCUCCGCAUAAAACGGGUGCCACAACUGGCUCACAUACGACAGGUAAACGAGCUUCCCACGAAACAGAUUUAACGUCUAGUCAAGCAACUGGUACAAAAAUUACUCAUGGAACAAGUUCAACACAACCCUCAUCGACCAUUACAACUAGGCAGCCAUUAAUUAUCACACUAUUACAAAAAAUUCGUAAAGUUCAACAACUUGUGAUAUUACCGAAUUCAAAUAUAGAAUCUUAUAUCAUCACCUACAAAGCACCAAAUGGCGACAGUAUUAUUCUCGAUGGAGUAAACCGCCUUUGA